AGUUAACAUCUUCCAAAAAAAAUCCUAAAAAUAGAGUGAUUACAAAUAUAUAAAUAAAACUUCUAUUUUUAAGAACAUUCACAAAAAAUUAACCCUUCUCUUGUCCUCAUUUACCGACACCAAAAAAUAUUGUUUCCUUGUCUGAAAAAGAUCCAAAAAUUAUGCAAAAAAAUUACCAAAAUUUCUAAAAAUUUUGCAAAACCUUCAGGAAGAAAAUUCCAAUGAUUCCUUAAAAAUUUUCAAAAAAUAAUCCUCCAAAUUUGGCACGAAAAUUCUUGUAAAUAUUUUCAAAAAUUGAGCAAAAAUCUUCAAAAAAAUCAGAAAUAUCUAGAGUGAUUACAUAUAUAUCAGUAAAACUUCUGUUUUCUUUAAGAACAUUCACAAAAAAAUCAACCAAAAUCCAGUGAAAUUCGCAAAACAUUUUUAACAUUUCUUUUUUCCACCAAAAAAUGUUCAAAGACUUCGUAGAAAUGUUGAAAAUGUGGACAUCAGAAGUUUCACUGUUUUGUUUUCAUUCCACAUCCCCAAGGCUCUCAGGAAAAGUAAUGUUUAUAUACUGAGGAGAUGAUCCUGGUGAAAUGAAGUUAAUUAACCCUCCUGUUGUCCUCAUUUACAGGCCCCAAAAAUAUUGUUUCCUUGUCUGAAAAAAAUCCAAAAAUUCAGCAAAAAAAUUCCCCAAAUUUCUGAAAAUUUGCAACAACUUCAGGAAGAAAAUUCCAAUAAUUCCUUAAAAAAAUUCCCUUAAAAAUUGUAUUUAAAAAAUCCCCCAAAAUAUGGCAAGAAAAUUCUUGUAAAUAUUUUCCAAAAAUGAAUUAAAAUCUUCCAAAAAAAUCCUAAAAUAACUAAGGUGAUUACAUAAAUAUCAGUAAAACUUCUAAUAUUUUUCGCUGGAUUUUGGUUGAUUUUUAUGUGAACAUUCCGAAGAAACAUUUUUAGCAUUUUUUUUCCACCAAAAAAUGUUCAAAGAUUUUCCCAAAAGGUUGAAAAUGUGGACAUCAGAAGUUUCUCAGUGAAAAUAUUUUUUUCCCACAUUUUCAAACUAAAAUGGGUCAAUUUUGACCCGCAGGACGACAUGAGGUUAACCAUCACAACUCGGUUCUUAACUGCAAAAACUCAGUCUCCUCCUUUAACAGUCCUCUGGCUUCAGAAAUGUCAAUAUGAAGCUGUUAGACUAAACCCAUCCAAGCAUGACCCCAGUCAGCCAUUACUUGUAUUUUCCAGCAGUGAUUAUAUAGGCUAGACAAUAGCUCCACUUUCUUAUUGUCUUUAGUAAUAACUAAUAGAAAUUUAAACUAGAGUUGCAGAAUUGUUUUAGCUAUAACAGCUUUUAAUAAUACAUUGUCUGUGUCUGUAUCAGUAAGUCGUAAUUACUCACAUUUUCCCGUGACAGCUCCUUUCUUUAAAAUGUACAUUUCAGGAUUCCAUCAGUUUAUAAAGCCUGUUUAAAAUCGUACAGAUAGUAUGCUGCUGCCACCUGCUGCUGUGAGCAGGAAAGUUUUCUGAACCGAAGUGUGAACAUUACAUCAACCUGUGAUGAAAGAUGCCACCUCUAUACACUCACUGGCCACUUUAUUAGGUACACUGGCUUGUAAAAGGUUGGACUCCCUUUUGCCUUUAGAACUGACAGACCUCUCCCAUUUUUUCAUCCAUUUAGCUGUUUGUUUGAUGUGUAACGAUCACCACAGCCUCACAGGGUCGCCAGUGUGACAUCUCUGAAAUUUCUCUACAGUCCACAUGUGCAGGUUACACUGGCUUUGGGUUUUCCCAGCUGUAGGCUAUGUAUGUGUAAUUUAUUUGUCAUUUUAUUCAAAUAUGUAUGCAAAACACCUAGCUGUUGUACUACCUUCACCUACACCUACUUAGAAAUAGAUGAUCACCAGCUGGCUAUGUGAUAUAUUAGAUGAAAGAUCAAAUCUUCCAAUGUAACAGUCAAAGGAAAACCACACACACAUUUUAAUUUCAGAUAAACCCUUUUUUGCUGUCUGAAACCCACUUUCAUAUUUGUCUGAUCAAAUCUGGACAAGUGUCCAUGUGACGCUAAGGAUUCUUUAAAAUGCAGUUUCUGUCUAAAGCCAACUUCCACAUUUUUUUGAAAAACAAAAACCUAAAAAAAAGGGAAAUGUGCCUACUUUCUUUUCUCACGUUGACCACAUUAUACCAGGACUAGAUUUAAAUCAAAAAUAUAUACAAAUAUACACACUGUAAGUUAUGAUGAGUUAAUUUGGUUUUCAAUGUUUGUUGUACUCCCGGAAACUGUAAUUUACAUUUUUCCAGUCAUAUUGGUGUGAGCGUUUUGUUUGUGCAGAGGGGCUGGGCUUGGCUUUCCUCGUAAAUAGAAAGUUUGCAGAGCCAAGCCCUCUUUUAUUUUUUCUUCUGAUUGCUUUGUGGUGUUGAACACUGAGCAGACCACACUUUCAUCAGGUGCUCACUGAACCAGAGAAAAGACAUGGCCUUCACACAGCAGCCAGGACAGGUGGUGAUGGUUACCACCAGUUCUCAAGGCCCUUCAACUUGGACCAGCGACCUGUGCGAUUGCUGCACUGACAUGGGCACCUGUUGCUUUGGUUAUUGGUGCUUCCCCUGCAUGCAGUGUCAGACAGCCAGUGAGUAUGGAUGGUGCUGCUGUAUGCCACUCCUGGACUUCUGCUGCGUGGUGUCCUGCAUGCUCCGCUCCGGCAUUAGAGAGCGCUACAACAUCCCUGGCUCAUUCUGUGAUGACUGCUGUAAACUGAUGUGGUGUUACGCAUGUGUCUGGUGCCAGAUGAAUCGUGAGCUGAAGGUCAGGAAGAACCAGGCCACGCCCGUCACCUCAGUGGUCACUACGCAGGUCGUCCGUACUUAGGACGCAGCUAUUUGGGCUGUGGGUUGAGGGUAUAUGUUGUCCAAAUAUCACCCUCUGUUAUUUUCUUACUGCUGUUUUGAUAAAAGAAUAGUUGUGUUUGCGCCGUUAUAAGUACUGGCACAAAAAUAAAGCAUUUACUUUGAGUAAUUUACAUGAAUAUCAUAAAGAUCAGUAUGAUAGUGUUCUGGAAUUUUAAAUACCCAUAUUAGCUGUUAAGUGAAAAAAGCUUGCUUAAACUUUCUAUUAAUACCAGAUGUUUUGAGUUUUGCUUAUAUAUUAACAUGUUGAAUGUUAGGAUUCAGGUGAGAUCACUGACUCUGGUUCACCCUGGUCAAUAAAAUAUUUUUGUUUCAUGCAACAAAA